CACGUUUAAAACUACAAGUGCAUUUGUCAAGAAAAGAGUUCUUCAUUCGAGCGAAACCAUAAGAAGAAGCGAGAUUUAGAAAGAUCUAUUCGCAAAAAUGAGGACGCUAUUGAUUACCUUAUUAUUUAUUGGAAGCACAAUAUGUGCACCUCAACGACGACAAGAUCAUUACAAAGAUGACGAAUACGAUCGUCCUCAACAGCCACAACAAUCCCAACAAUAUCAACAGCAACAAUUCGAACCAAGACCUAAAGGUGAAACGACUACUUUCAUUCCUAUUAUUAGAUUCGAAAAGGAGCAAGGAGAUGAUGGCGCUUACAAAACAACUUGGGAAACUGGUAAUAACAUUUUAGCUCAAGAAGAAGGUUACUUGAAAAGUUUAGGUCCGGAUCCGGAUUCACCGGAAGGGGCUCCUUUGAACGCCCAAGUACAACAAGGAUCGUAUACUUAUACAUCACCCGAAGGACAAGUUAUUACGGUGACCUACACCGCCGAUGAGAAAGGAUUCCACGCUGUCGGCGAUCAUUUACCAACACCACCUCCGGUUAGUCCUGAAGUGCAAAAAGGAUUGGAUCUAAUUUAUGCUGCAAUUAAAGCGCAACAGGAACAAGCUGCUGUUGAAGAUAAGCAUAAUCCUCAAGGCAGAAGAGAAAAUCAAAUUAACAACGACUUCAAUGGACAAUAUAGACAAAAAUAAUUUAAUCUGAUGAAUGUAUGAAUAUUCAGGGUGAAAUGAACUUAUCGUAGACUGAAGUUAAGAAAGUUAUAUUUAUCUAGAUACAAAUAAAUGAUUUUGUAAUUUAACAACCCUAUAA